ACUGUAAGAACAGGUUAGAGAUGGCCAAGUGAAACAGCUAAAAUACGCUGCACAUCAAAAUGACCAAAAUAGCCUCCGUUCGCCAGCGCGCAGGUUAAGUUGAAGGGCGUGGAGGGCAUGGUCAGCUCCGGAAAACAGAAAAAAUAGAAAAAAAUGGCAGAGAGUCCUUCGCCAGCGGAGGAGAAGCCAUGGCACUCGUACACCGCCGAGGAUCUGAAGCGGACCAUGUACGAAUCCACCGACUCGGCUCUGCAAUCUGCUCGGUCUCUGCAAGAGAGCUCCUCCACGCAUUUCAGAGCAUUUCAGGACUUCAUUCCUCAGGCAAAGUCUCAAUAUAAAACCUAUGAAGACAUCUUCUUCAAAAAACUUAAAGGAGAGUUGAUGAGUGCACGAGAACACCCCAUUGCGGCAGGUGGAGUCGCUGUUGCCACGGGUCUCCUUCUUAUGCGAGGCCCGAGACGGUUUUUGUUUCGCCAUACAUUGGGUCGCCUACAGAGCGAAGAGGCACAAUUUAUCAAAGCUGAGAAGAACAUAAAAGAGCUAGGCCUAUCUGUUGAUCUAAUGAAGAAUGAGAGUAAAAAACUGCUACAAAGAGCAGCUUUUGCUGAAGAAGAAAUGAAGAAGGGAUAUACUAAGCUCAAUGAUGCUGGAAAUGAAAUACAAAGGCUUGCUAAAACCAUUUACAAGAUCGAAUCUGAAGCGGCAGAUUUGAUGGAUGGGCUAAGAGCAAUUCCUGGUAGGGAGGCAAUAAAACUUCGAGCAGAGGUUGCAUCCAUGGCAUCCAUUGCGAAAAAACAAAGGACUGCACUGGAUAAAAGAAUACUGAAGAUUUCAGAACUGGGGAUCUCAGUUUAAUGACUGAAGAGGAUCUAAAGGGCUAUAAUGGAGGUUUUUGAAAUGACGUCUCCAUGACUAGGCUUGAAUAGAGAUUGUAAUAAGAGAGUGCGUUUCUUGGUUUUUGUUCAUUUGGAAUUCUAUAUACUUCAUGGCUGGAAGUUUCUCCACAGCUCAGCCAUGUUCCUCCCUUUUGUUUUUUCAUUACAAUAUUUUCAAGAGACGACACGUAACGGUGAAAAACUGUCUAAAUCAACCGAUCCUCCUGCCAGUAGUGAUA